UACACAAUAUAUAAUCAAAUAUAAAUUGGUCCCAUUAGAAACCACCAAAUUAAAUUUGCUCUGUUUCUUUGGCCCUCUCCAUUAUCCAUAAACUAAAAAUUUUCAGUUUUUUGAUCAGUUGAAAUUUAGUGCAUAAGUAUGAAUCGGUUCCGAGCAAAGUUGCACGGAUUCUGUAUGAGUCGAGCGGUUGUUCGUGUUCGAGCCCGUUCUCCUUGUAAACAGUACAAAAGGACGGGCUCGAUCAAGUUCAACGACUCUGACAGUAAAUAUUGCAGCAGCACGGAAAUGAGCUUCAACAGUGUCGAGUCGAGGUCAGAUUCUGAGAGUAUUGGUGAUAAUAAUAGUAAUAAUAACAGAGUUAUGGUUGUGGUUGAUCCUAGUCUUGAUCCUAAUUGUGCUUUGCAAUGGGCACUUUCUCAUACUGUUCAAAGCCAGGAUACUAUCAUUCUUCUUUAUGUUACCAAAAUCUCAAAAGAAGGUGAAAAACCAAACAGUGAAAUUAAUCAGAGGGCGUAUGAACUUCUUUGCUCCAUGAAAAAUAUGUGCCAAACAAGGAAACCAGGAGUACAAGUGGAGAUAGUAAUGCAAGAAGGAAAAGAGAAAGGAGCUGUGGUUGUUGAAGAAGCAAAGCAACAUAAAGCUUCUUUACUGGUGUUAGGACAGAGGAAAAGAUCGAUAAUGUGGCGCCUGCUAAGAAUAUGGACAAGGAAAAGGUCAAGAAGCAGAGUUGUGGAAUACUGUAUUCAGAAGGCAAAUUGCAUGACAAUUGCUGUGAGAAGGAAGAGCAGCAAGUAUGGAGGAUAUCUCAUUACUACUAAGCGUCAUAAGAACUUUUGGCUUUUGGCUUAACGGAACUUGAUAGAUAAUUUAAUCUACCUAUUUAACAACAGUAUAAUUCCACAAAGUGGAGGAUGGUGUGUACGUAUGUAGCCUUACUCCUCCCUCGUGAAGGUAGAGAGGAGUUGUUUAAUUAAUAUACCUUUUUCAUUCAAAAUGAAGGAAUUUUUUGUCA